GUAGUAAAUAAGCAUAAUGAGGUGCAGUUGGGCAUUGCGAGUUAUUUUAGUGAUUUUCAGUUUUCCACUAUGUUUUUUCACAGGAUGAUGAUCCUUUCGCAGAUUGUGUUGAGUACGAAGUCUGCGUGGAGGAGUCUGGGAUUCCAAUGAUGGACCACUGCUUGAGCGGAAUCGGGGAUCACGAUCGAGAAAUGAUCUUGGACAUUUAUGCUAUGUACUACCCUGAAGGAGCAACGGACAGCAUUCACGAUAUGAUCGUAGGUGGAUGUGAACAAAAAGAAAAGGCUCGAGAGGCUGUAUCUGAGUAUUAUGAUAAGAAAACAGAGGAAGAAACAAAAAGUGAAACCAGUUCGGACGACAAAUACAAACUUGCUCAAGCACGGGAGUGCAUAAUGCGGAUGGUAUCACAUUGCAUGGUCAAAAAAGAAAUGGGAAUGUUUGGCAGUCGAUAAGUUCCAAGACAAUGAGUGUGAUAACGAUGUUAAGAGAAGAAUCACACCAAGCUUGUUUCUUUUGCUCUGAAAUUGUUGUCUGUCUUAA